GGUCAAAGUUGAAAAUGUCUUUCCUGCGAAAAUCGUACUGCUUUGUGAGCCGGGCCAUUGCUCUGCACAGCACAUCUCUGACAAAGAGAGUCUGUCAUCCAAGAUUGCUAUAUUCUAGUCCACGUCGACUGUUCUCUGAUGAUACUGGGGAGAAGAAGUUUGAUGUGUCAACACUAAAGGACCUUGUCUGCCCGCUGACCAAAAAACCUUUAAGGUAUGACCCUGAGACAAAUGAGCUUAUAAGCGAUGAUAUAAGCGCUGCCUACCCGAUUAUAAAUGGUAUUCCUAAUCUAACCCCCGAGGAUGCACGUCACAUGAACUCUGAUAUCGACCCUGAAGAUGAAAAUGUACGCAAUAUUAAAGACAGAGACUAACCAAUUAAUACAUAUUUAAUUCUCGGACUAUUUAGUUGAAAAUUGGGCAGAUAUUGUAUUAUUGGGGAUAAAAUUGAUUAUCUGGAAAAUUUUGAAUCAUGUCAUGAUCUAAGAUUGGGCAUUACAUGUAUUUUAUUUUGUGCCAAGAAGUUGUUGUGGAGCUUUAAAAAGCUGUGAAAGUUUAAAGUUUGAAAUCGUAUAUGCUUAGUUCAGCAUUAUAAUAAAAAGUGCAGUGGAUGAAUUGAAUAUGUUCAAGAAUGAUAAACAGGACAGGUGCUAGGUUGAUAUGCAAACAAUUGAACAAUGUUGGUUAAGAUGGCACUUAGACAUGUAUUUGAAUGUUCCACAAAGGUUAAGUUUAGAGUAAAGGGACCUUUUGUUUUCAUGAAU